AACUUAUCACCAUUUGCAACUUGCAGAUGCCAUAUUUGGAUAACUGGUCAAGUGCAGAAGAAGAUUAUUCAAGCUCUCUCACAGGAGUAACAAAGGCUCUACAGGAUGCUUCCCUCCGGCUACCUAUCACUGGAAAUGUGAAGGCCGAUGUUAAAGAUCUCAAGGAAGUUUUUGACUCCAUAAUGAAUAUAUUCAGUUGUCUAUCUCCCUGUGUUCAGAGAUUUGUACCGAAGGGUGAAGUUGUUGAAGAUGUAAUCUCAAAUCUUGCAGAGCUAGUUAGUACUGAAAGAGCUCUAAUAGAAGAGUGUGGAAGUCUCUUAUCUCAAGCACAUAAUUUGCAGAUGACUGAAUGCAGCUUGAGAGGCCAAUUAAUUCAAUCAAAACGGAGCGCUGGAGCGUGAGAUAAUAAUAAGACUAUUCUUUUUCUUUUUUUUCAUUCAUUCUUUCAGUCAUCUUUUUCUCCUUUGUGUCAUUGGUUCUUAUCUUGAUAAAUAAAAGAAGAUAAUAUUCUCUUUAUCUCA